AUGGAUGACCUUCAUCAACACAUCACUCCCCGCGGUCAUGGGAUAAACACUACCUAUGUUUACGAGUUCUCGAGAGGCCUUGGUGGGGUCAAUGUUCCCAGAGAUGUCAUAUUCACGCGAAUCAUCUACUGGUCUGUUAUUAUCGGAGCCCUGGUAGUUUUCUGCGGCCGGAUUGCCCAGAUCAGCCAUGCCUAUCUACGACAUAUUACCUCUUUGACGGCUAGUCCAAGACAGCAAAUGUUCUGGAGUGUCGAGGAGUCACGAUUGUGGGCAAAUAUCAAGAAGCACAUUCUCUACGCACCUCUGGGUCGCAAAAGACACAAUCGGGAAAUCCAGCUCUCCUCGGCCAUCAACGUGGGCACCUUGCCGUCGAGGUUUCACUCGAUCCUGAUUCUGCUGUAUGUGGCAAGUCAGGUGGCUUAUUGCUGCUUUUUGGAUUAUGCUGUGAACGAGAAAGCGGCCCUCGUAGCCGAGCUUCGCGGCCGGUCGGGCACUCUGGCUGUCCUGAAUAUGGUGCCUUUGUUCCUCCUCGCGGGUCGCAACAAUCCCCUGAUCCCCCUCUUGCACAUCAGUUUCGAUACGUACAAUCUUUUGCAUCGAUGGUUGGGCCGUAUCGUGGUACUCGAGAGUGUGGUCCACACAGCGGCUUGGGCGGUCAAUGCAUGCGACGAAGAAGACUUCUCUCGCAUGCUGGUACGACUCACCAGUACCCCCUUCUUUACCUGGGGCCUGGUUGGAACCGUCGCGAUGAUCUUCCUGUGCCUCCAUUCCCCCUCGCCGAUCCGGCAUGCUUUCUACGAGACCUUCCUACAUCUGCACCAGCUUGCCGCCUUCCUGGCCUUCCUCGGCGUCUAUGUGCACCUGGACCUGGAUAAGCUUCCCCAGAUCCCCUGGGCCCAGGCCAUUGGCGCUAUCUGGCUGUUUGAACGAUCAGCGCGGCUGUUCCGCUUGCUGUACCUCAACUUUUCACUCAAAAAGGGCACGACCAAACUGGUUGUCGAAGCACUGCCCGGUGAGGCCUGCAAGGUGACAUUCCACCUGCCCAAGCAUGUCCGCAUCAACCCCGGCGGUCACGUCUUCGCCUACAUCCCGAGCGUCUCCCUGUGGAUGUCACACCCCUUCUCAAUAGCUUGGGUCGAACCGAACAGUUGCGUGACUCCUUCAGCCGCGCCCGACAACGUCAUGAGCCCCAUAACCCCGUCGCUCCUGGAAAAGCAGAACCCCCUGGACCUCGACGACUACAUGAGGGGCACUCAACCCACCUCCGUCUCCCUCAUCGUCGGCGCCCGCCAAGGCAUGACCCGCAAGCUCUACAACAAAGCCCUCGCCGCCCCGCGGCAAACCCUCUACACCACCGGCUACAUCGAGGGCCCCUACUCCUCCCACGCCUCCAACAUGGGCAGCUACGGCACAGCCGUGCUCUUCUCCGCCGGCGCCGGCAUCACACACCACAUGCUUUUCGUGCGUGACCUCAUCAUCCGCGCCUCCGAGGGCCGCGUCGCAACCCAGCAGAUCUACCUCAUCUGGUCCGUUCGCAACACCGAACACCUCACCUGGGUCCGCGACUGGAUGGACCAGAUCCUCCGCCUCCCCGGCCGCCGCGAGAUCCUCACGGUCAAACUCUUCGUUUCCAAACCCAAGAGCAGCCGCGAGAUCGUCUCCCCCAGCGCCACCGUCCAGAUGUUCCCGGGCCGCUGCCGGCCCGACGUCGUCCUGAACGAAGUUAUCCCCAAACGCGUCGGCGCGACCAUCGUCUCCGUGUGUGGGCCGGGCGCCUUUGCAGAUGAAGUCCGCGCCGCGGCGCGGAAUAACAUCGGGAAGGGCGCGGUGGUCGAUUUUAUCGAGGAGGCGUUCACAUGGUAG